CCAAGAUGCGCUUCUCUGUUGUUUCUGGAUUUACGCUCGCACUCAUCCUGCUGGUUGGCGCUUUCUGCGCCGUGUCCAGCUUACCAGCUCCGGAAAAAGUCCAAGAUGGACCUAAUCAGCUUUUAGACGAGUCUGCUUUUGGCGACGACACCGAGCCUGCUGAAAAUGUCGCGCCGUCAGGAGUGCGCCAAGCCAGGGCUCCGACCUUCUUCCCAACAGUGCGUGUCUACCCCAGCUACCCCAGCUACUACCCCUAUGGCUACUACGGCGGCAACCGCAUCAUUAUCCACAAGAGAUACGGCUACGGCUAUGGUGGCUAUCCGCAUUAUUAUUAUUAACUGUGGACUGUCAUAGGAUUCGCAGUUUUAACUCCAAAGUAAUGUGCGGACAAAUUGUUACCAGUGUCAUUGUCAUUGCAUUCUAUUGGGUUUUCGAGAGAAUUUGUUGUCUAUGUUUAUUUAUUUGGACUUCA